AUGGGCGUGCCCUGGUUCCUCGUCGCCUCGACUCUCGGCUUUGAGUUCUAUGCGGAGCGCAUCCCCAACGGGCCCCACGUCUACGUCCAUGGCCGCUGGUGGCACGCCGUCGGCCACCUGCUGCCCGAGGCCACGCUACCGCAGCUCCCACGUAAUCAGUUUGCCAAGGACUUUGCGCACCAGGGUUACCAGUGGACGGUCGAGCUGUGCCAGAUGGACAGCGAUGGUGAUGGCGUCCCAAAUGGCAUCGAGCUUGGGGACGGCAACUGCUCCUGGAGCUUCGGCCUGCCCCACCCGUCGGUUGCAGUCGGCCACCCAGGCAUCGACGAGCGGCACGUUCCAUUCCACGGCCUUCAGAUCUCGACCAACAUCAUGCAACGCGCCGUGCCCUCCGAGAGGGAUGUGCACAGAUUGUUCCGCGCGCCAGUGGCGCAGAGCACCAUCCUUCUCUCCAAUCACACGGCGAGGGGAACGAUGGGUCUGCCGCUCCAGCAGAGCACCAUCUUUGUCUCGAAUCAUACGGCGGCAGGAACGACGACCACGGCCAAGCCUUGGAGGUUCUUUUUCGACAUGCUCCCGGACGUGCGCGAGCCUACGACUGCCCCAUUUUGGUCAGCAGCCGAGGAGGUCGAGGACCGCACAGCCAAGGCGCUGCUGAACAAGGUGCUCUUCCUGGCCCAGUUUGUCGUCUUCCCAGCCGCUGUGCUGAUGGCGGCGUGGUGGCGUUUCACCGGACCGGGCGCGCACGCGCUGAUCAAGCCGUGGGGCGUCAUUGCCGCUUGGCUGUGCAUGUACUCAGGCAUCGCCCUCGGUUCGCAUCGACUCUUCUCGCACUCGGCCUUUGUGCCGAGCCGCGCCUUUAAGAACUUUAUCGCGCUAUGCCACUGUCUCAACGGACAGGGCGACCCUCGGUACUGGGCGGGCGUGCACCGGCGGCACCACAACUUGUGCGAGCAAGAAGGCGGCGACCCCCACGCGGUGAACGGCCCUCGCGGCUUCUGGUUUGCGCACGGCGGCCUGUUGUGGGACCACUUUGAGCAUGUGACGAUUGAGACGGCUGUACCAGACCUGAUGGAUGACGACAUGCAGUUCUGGCACGACUGGGGUGUGCCAUGGAUGUUUCUCGGCGUCCCCAUCCUCGGCACGAUGCUGCUCUGGCUGCUGCACUUCCUGCUCAGCCCGCGAGGGGCGGCAACUGGCCGCACCCGCGUGAGCGUACGCAUCUUCAGCGCCUUCCGCUUCGCUUUCGUAUCCUACGCCUUCUACUUUUGCCUCCCCGCCGUGAUGACAUUCCACAACUCGAUGCUCGUCAACUCUGCGGUGCACACGGUUGGGUACGUGCGCUACAGAGACGCCAUGUCGGGACCGUGCACCGGCAAGAACGUGCCGUUUCUCUUCCCGUUUAUGCUUGGGGAGAAUAACCACAACAACCAUGCAUGGUGGGAGGUUGAUAUCUGGGGGCCGGCGGUGCACGUCUUGCAGCUGGUGGGUCUCGUCACGUCUCACAGCGACUUUCGCCAGUCGCGCAUGCACCCAGAGAGCACUGAGCUGGGCAUGCGCCGGGGUCGGCAAGACCUGAUCCAUGAAAGCGAGCCAAUUAGCUUCUGGGGCUGGCGCGACGACCCGUGCCCGAUUUGGUGCCAGUGGGCGUUUGUGCUUGCCUUCUACUAUGGCAUGGCCCGCUGGCGCUGGAGGAAUGCGAGGCGGCCCACCGCGGACCACCAGGUGACCGCCCUGUUUACGGUGCUGCCGCUCCUCUCCGUUGCACACUGCACGUCCUACGUCUUCUCCGAUCCGACGCUGCUGACGAUGGAAGUCGACCCGACCAACUGGUUUGGGGAUGGGCCUCUUCGCGCAUUUGCGACGGCGGUGUGUAGGCUCAUCAAGCCCCUGCACCCGCCGGAUGCAUUCACCGAUGUACCUGGGGUGGCGCUCGGUGUCCCGGUAUUCCUUGCGACGAUGACUCUCUUGCUUGUGACGGCUAUGUUGCUUUUGGCGGCCAUUUCGCUGCUGCUCCUCCUCCUCAUGCUUCCGAUCUGUCUCGCCGUCGAGAGAGUCGAGCAGUGGCUGGCCACCCGACCUGCGCCAUCGGGAAGGGCUUUUGCGCUGCUCAUCCCUCCAGCCCUGAAAGUGGACACAGGGCCUGCACCGAUGCGGGCGGUGAAGACAUACUGGUCAGCAUGA